AUGCACAUCCCGUUCAUGUCAAUGUGCCAGUUCAUAUUUUACAUGGGCUGGAUGAAAGUUGCCGAAGUGAUAAUGAAUCCUUUCGGCGAUGACGAUGACGACUUGGAAAUCAACUGGCUUAUUGACCGAAACCUGCAGGUGGGUAUGACAAUAGCGGACGAGACCUGGGAGCCGCAACUGAUUAAGGAUCAGUACUGGAUGGUGAAGACAGCGGAGCCAAUGUACAGCGUCGAUGCAGUCAAAGAGCGGUAUAAUCCGCAGGUUGGAUCGGUCUCCAAUAUCAAGUGGGCCUUCACACUUGCCAUUAGCAUUUCAGAUUUAGAUCCCUAUCUGUUUGAUUUUUACUUCCAGUUUUAUUUCAAAGUGAUUGUCUAA